UCUACAACAUCCAACUCGAGAGAAGCAGGGCAUCUCAGAUGGCCACCAUGGAAUAUAUAACAGGCUUCUGGCAUACGUGAUGCACAGUCAACUUCAACUUAUGAAUCACUUGUUGCCUCUGGCACCAUGGAUGAUGCUGCAGUCCUUAAAAAGAGAGGCUACAUCGUGGGGGGGAAUUUGGGAGAAGGGUCUUAUGCUAAAGUGAAAUCUGCCUACUCCGAUCGACUGAAAUUUGAUGUAGCAGUAAAGAUCAUAGACCGGAAAAAAGCUCCUCGUGACUUCCUGGAAAGAUUUCUCCCCAGGGAAAUAGAGAUUUUAGCAAAAGUGAAUCACUGCUCCGUGGUCAAGACCUAUGAGAUUUUUGAGACAUCUGAUGGCAAAGUCUACAUCGUGAUGGAGCUGGGUACAAAAGGAGACUUACUGGAGUACAUCAAGAGCAAAGGGGCUUUGACUGAAGAUGUAGCUCGCAAGAUGUUUCGCCAGCUGUCUUCUGCCAUCAAGUACUGCCACGAUUUGGAUAUUGUCCACAGGGACUUGAAAUGUGAGAACCUCCUUCUAGACAAAGACUUUAAUAUCAAACUGUCAGACUUUGGCUUUUCCAGACGACUGACUCGAGAUGAAAAUUGCAAAGUUAUUCUCAGUAAAACCUUCUGUGGUUCUGCUGCGUAUGCAGCCCCUGAAGUGUUACAGGGCAUUCCCUAUCAGCCUAAGAUUUAUGACAUAUGGAGUCUGGGUGUCAUUUUGUAUAUAAUGGUCUGUGGAUCAAUGCCAUAUGACGACUCAAACAUUAGAAAAAUGCUAAAGAUUCAGAAAGAACACAGAGUGCAUUUUCCCAAGUCUAAAAACUUGACAGUUGAAUGCAAAGAUCUUAUUUACCGUAUGCUGCAGCCGGACGUGGCUCGGAGGUUGCAUGUAGAUGAGAUUUUAAAUCAUAUUUGGAUGCAGACUCCAAAAUCCAGAGUUCCUUCAGCAACUUCACUUGUAAAAGAGGGAGAGUGUUCUCGGAAUCUUGGCAAGUUGAAGUCAGAGCACAAACAGGAAAUAGAACCCCUGGAGGAAUCUAAGCCAGAUAGACCAGCUUACAAAACUGAGUCUAAAGCAGUGCCCAGAUUAGAGGCAGUACCAGAAGCAGAGGAUGCCGUUCCCGAGGAAGAGCAAGCGGAAGUUAAUGACCUGACAGAUGAAAUGCAAAGAACGGGGAUCACAAAUGGUGAUGACUAAAGAAUAGCCACCUGCAAGAGUCGUUUGCAUGACUUUAAGCGCAACUAAUGAAUAAGACUAUGAAGUUAGUUUUGAAAAACAGAGCCCAGAACAGGAGAAAGUAAAGUCCAUUCAUAACAAGCAAUUAUUUUAUAGCAAUUCUAUUAAAUUUUCUUCUAACUUGGUAACCAUGUUGCUGAAUUGAAGGGUUAAAUAAGGAGAUUGAUUUUCCAAGCCACCUAAUAGAUUUGUACGCCCAAGUGACAUAAGGCCUACAGAGUACUUUUUCCAUAGCUGCCCCACUGUCAAAUGCUCAAAGAGCUGCAGUGAGUUAAGGUUUCUUUUGCACAAUGUUUCAUCACAAUCUCAUGCCCCUUUUCACAUUUGGGCAUUAAGAGAGUGGCAGCUAGCCCUCUCCAAGCCAGUGCUUAUACGUGCAUAGAAAAGAAAUGGUCAUUGUUUCCUUUCAUACUCCAGUGCCGCAGUUGUGCUGGAGUUACUGGGGGUGGCAAUUUCUCACCUCACUAAGCUUUACUAAAUAUUCAAUGCAGCAGCAUCACAACAGCAGGUUUGGCCAUUUUUUUUUCUCCGUUUUCUGAUGCAAAGAAAUGGAUUUUGCUAAACCAUGUCACAGUGUAAAUGGAGCGCUGAUAUGCAAUUGAUUACAAGUGCGGAUAUGCUCACCCGCAGGGAAAAGGCAAACUGCACGACUAAGACCCCUCAAUUUGUCAUAUUCUAAUAACAGGGAACUAUUAUUGUUUACAAACGCAGCAAAGGGGACGUCCUCCCCUUACAAACCAUAACUCGGCCUGGAAACGUGCCUCCUGUUAGAAGUAACACCCGAGAUCCCUGUAACUCUAGAUUUGCCUCACUUCACUUCAACUUUGUAAAUUUGACUGCACUGUGUCUAGCUAAUCAAUGUCUCCUGUUUGUGAGAGUCUCCGAGGCAGGUACUGGAUUAAUUCACAGAGGAGAUGGAGCAUUUUGAAAUGUGAUUGUAAAGCCAUAAAUUGGCUGGAGGGACUCGGGGGCAGCUGUAGAGUGUGAAACUACUUUGGAUUCUUUUCUACAAGCUGCCCAACCUUCAAGUGACCGUGUCCCACUGAACUGUCCCAUUUUAUGAAACUUUCCAGUGUUACAUUAGCCAUUUAGGAAUAACCAGCCUUAACGCUCUUGGCAACCUGAGCAGGGAGGGAGAUCCGGAACAAUGUUAGCUUGCAAGUAGCCCCAGUUAGGUUUCCAAAAGCCACACUGGACAUGGUGCUCACUGCUCUACUAGAAAAGGACCAUACCGCCCACUCCCACUGGGACAGCUUUGAAACCACACCAAUAAAAGCUAAACUACUGCUUGAGUUAACACUAGUUUUUGCAUAUCCUGUAAAUAAUUCCCUACAG